AGAUGGAGUUAUGGAUUACUCUGAAAGAAACGAGUGGGCCUCUGCACUUGAUUGUCCUGAUAUGUAACCUAUGUUGCAAACAAGAAACUGUUAGAGCACAAUAUGGAGCAACAGAAUGACUUCUUAUAGGCAGAGCUGUCAGACAAGGGUGCAUUUAUCUCUCUAUCUGUUCAAUCUGCAUGCAUAAUUUACCAUAAGAAAAGAUGGACUAGGGUCAGAGGAAGGAGGAGUGAAAAUAGGCAGAUAAAGUGGGAAGUUAAGAUAUAUGAUAAUGCCAUAUUACUGGCAGACAACAGCAAUGAAUUGAAGCAACUCCUGAUGCAAGUAAAGGAAGGUGCAAAAGCAGGACUGCAAUUGGACAUCAAGAAAACAGAGAUCAUGACUACAGAAGAAUGACACAACUGCAAUGUCAACAAAGCCAAAAUUAAUGACUUGGCUCAAUUAUUAAUUCAAAUGGAGACGGCAGCCAAGAAAUUAGAAGAAGACAAAGACUUGGAAGGGCAGCAAUGAAGGAACUAGAAAAGAUCAAGUAUAAGGCUAUUUCACUGUAAACCAAGCCCAAGAUUGUCCACACUAUUUCUGGUCACUAUCUUUAAGUGUGAAACCUGGACAGUGAAGAAAGCUGAACAGAAGAAAAUCGAUGCCUAUGAACUAUGAUAGUAGAGAAGAGCUUUGUAAAUACCUUGGACUGACAGAAAGAUGAACAAAUGGGUCCUAGAUCAAAUCAAGCCAGAAUUUGUCCUGAAGUAAAACUGUUGGAACUAAAGCUGUCAUACUUUGGGUGCAUCAUGAGAAGACAUUGUCAUAGCUGGGGAAGGAUGUACAAGCAUUCAAACCUCUAUGAAUGGGGGCUGCAGGGAAUGUUCGUUCAUUGAAUCCAAACCAACUAUUGGAGGAAGGUGAAAAGGUCACAAAUGUCCUCAAGGAAUACAACCUCAGAGCGUAGACCAGGACAUCAUGGUCGAUCUGUCCACUAUGAUGAAGUGUAUGUGGAUUCUCCUUCAGAAGAAGGUACCAAAAGGAGUUUUCAAGAGGCUGAACAGAUAGUGAAUGCGGAUCCCUUACCUCCACCACCUCUUCCCCUUCAGCCACCCUUUGGGCCUGAAUUUUACCCAAGUGACAGUGAAGAACCAGCUGAAAUCUCUGAUCUCAAGCCAGUGCGAAAAUUCAUUCCAGACUCAUGGAAAAAUUUCUUCAAAGGGAAAAAAGAUGAACCUGAAUGGCGCAAGCCAGUAUCUGCAAUUUCUGGUGGAGCUGAAUGUUCUCCACCAUCUUCUCCAACUCUUACUCCAGUGAGACCAGCCCAUACAUCACCUCCAAGCUCUUAUCAGGAUCCAUAUGGAGGAUCCGGGGGAAGCUACAAUUCACACAAAGAAGCUGAAGCCAUACUUCCUCAGGAUUCCUAUGGCUCUCUUGGAAGGCAUACUCAAACAGCUCUGACUUACAGUGAGAAAGUUGAGGCUUUUAAUCUGAGAUACUCUUACAUGAAGUCCUGGGCAGGAUUGCUCAGGAUCUUGGGUGUUGUUGAACUGCUUUUGGGUGCCGCUGUAUUUGCCUGCAUCACAGCUUACAUUCACAAGGACAAUGAGUGGUACAAUAUGUAUGGCUACUCACAGCCAUAUAGUUAUGGGGCAAGCAGCAUGUAUGGAAGUUAUUAUUAUAGUGGCCCUAAAACUCCCUUUGUUCUUGUUGUGGCAGCACUUGCUUGGAUAGUGACUAUUAUACUUCUAGCACUUGGCAUGUCAAUGUAUUACAGGACUAUUCUUCUAGAUUCCCACUGGUGGCCUCUGACUGAAUUUGGAAUCAAUGUUGUUUUGUUUAUUUUGUAUAUGUCUGCUGCUAUUGUCUAUGUAAAUGAUGCUAACAGAGGAGGACUUUGCUACUACCCAUUAUUUAACACACCACUGAAUGCAGCAUUUUGUCGAAUAGAAGGGGGGCAGACUGCUGGAAUUAUCUUCUUGUUUGCAACAAUGAUCAUUUAUCUGAUUGGUGCAAUAGUUUGCCUAAAAUUAUGGAGACAUGAAACUGCACGGAGGCAUAGAGAGUUCAUGGAACAACAGAUGAAGACCCAAUCAUCCACACCAAAAAUAAUGUAUGAAAAAGACAGCCCCAAAGUAGCAAUCAGCCCAAAGACAUUGAAACCUGUGGAAAUGAAACCUGAACUAAUCAAUGGCUACAUACCAGCAGGACAUAUCCCUAAACCCAUAGUGAUGCCAGACUAUUUAGCAAAGUACCCAGCAAUUCGUACAAAUGAAGAAAGGGACCGCUAUAAAGCUGUUUUUAAUGAUCAGUUUUCUGAAUAUAAAGAGCUUUCUGCUGAGGUUCAGGCUGUCUUAAAGAAAUUUGAUGAACUAGAUGCACUGAUGAGGAAGCUGCCUCAGCAUCCCGGAAACACUCUUGAACAUGAGAGAAUUGCAAAUGUUUUGCUUCAGUAUAAAAAGAAGAAAAAUGAUCCCACAUUUCUGGAGAAAAAGGAACGAUGUGAAUAUCUAAAGAACAAACUUUCUCACAUAAAACAAAGAAUCCAGGAAUAUGAUAAAGUUAUGAAUUGGAAUGCUUAGAGUGCCUCUAAGUUUACCUACAAGUUUUUUGCCCAAUUUUUCUAUUUAUUUAUUUUCACAACAGUAUAAACAUUCUAAUGUGAAACAGAUUAGUACUUCAGUCAUUGUCAGUCGCUAUUUAAAUCUUGUACAUUUAUGAAAAGUCUUGCAUACUUGAACAUACACAAUCUUACUCAACAAUUUCCCCAUAAGUCCUACAUAUUCAAAUUAAAGAAUGUUGGAAGUGUAGUACCUGUAAAUCUAGGCAAAAAUCUUAGUAAUUAUGUUUAGCUUUCAGUUUCUUUAUUAGAAUAAAUUGAUCAGCAUGCAGUAAUGACAAAGCCAAUCAAGCUCCAUCUAAUUUUGUUGCAUCCCACAAAAAAUUCUGAGUGAUGCAAAUGCCAUUUGUCCUGAAUUUUAAAAUAACUGUCAUUCUCAUGUAUCAUUUGUUAGCAGCAAAUUUGUCAGGGACAAGUUUUCUGAAUUUUGUGUGGACCAUCUGGAUGGUGGUGGUAACCAGCCUUCACAAUCUGAUCCUGAGUUCAUAAAAGGAGUAGAAUGCAAAAACAAACUUAUAUCUAGUCUAAAACACAACAGAUGAACUUUAAAAACAUGGUAAGACAAUAGUUUUAUUGCAGAAGCAUCCCAAUUUCAUGCAAUGCUAAGAUAUUUUGAGUAUUAAUAUUUAGAACAGUAAUUGGUGUCUACUUUCUGAUGAAAAACAUUUAUACUCAAAAUGACAGACAUGAAAAUGGAGCACUACUGAAAAUAAAGCAGAUUUGUUCUUUGCCACUUGGUGCUGCCUUCCUUUCCUGCUGACAUGUAUGUACUAGGGAACUGCUGGUGCAGCCACUUGUCAGGUGGUGGACAAUUUAAAGCUUUCUCUCUUUGGAGGAAAAGGAUUACUGUGAACAGUAGACACCUGUCCACACUGUGUCUUAAGAUUAACAUUUGCAAUGAUAUGUUCUCAUCCCAUGACCUUUUUGAUAUAAGACUUUUAGCCUAAGACAACCAAAUGCUGACCUUUGUACUGCCUUUACAAAACAUCUUGACUAGUUAGAGGAACUGAAAGUGUUAGUCACUUUCUCUUUGUUUAUAAAAGCACAAUUGAAUCAUAUUAUGAGCCUUUAUUGUAAAAUGGUAUUUUUACAGUCUGUAAACAAAUUAUAAUUCAGAACUUCUUGUCUAAACCCUUCAACAAGAGACCAUAUUAUCUUUCAAUUAUGUAUUUUGUUGAAAUUUUAUAUAUUUUAAUAGAAGCUGU